UUCAACAGUGUGAUGUGACGUGGAGCGCAGGGCCGGCGGACGUCUGCCAGAAACUUCUCAACAACUUUGAACAAACUUAACUCCUGCUUGUUAUUUAUGCGAGGUUAACGCUGCCAAAGACGUGUUUUCUAUUUAUUCAAGCUCAACGUUAACCAGAGAGAGACUGCCUAGCUCGGAAGCGACGCCACUUUCGCCGAUUAGCCCGACAGCUAAAGUCAGAGAGGGAGCUGUGAGACUGCUGAACUCAUUGUUGCUCUCUUAGUUUUAUCCUAGGUGAAUAAAUCAUGUAGGGGCGUCGUGACUUGCCUGUUGUGAAUUGUUAGCACCCGUUUUUCGCCUACUACUACAUGCUAAUAUUAGCCAUUGUGCCGAGCUCGGGAUAACAGAGCGAGCUGUCAACAUGGGGACACUUCUGCGAGGUGAGGAGAUGUGCCUGGCCCAACUGUUCCUACAGUCCGGCUCAGCCUACGACUGUAUCGCCGAACUUGGGGAGCUGGGACUUGCCGAGUUCAGAGACCUCAACCCCAAUGUGAAUGCUUUUCAGCGAAAAUAUGUCAAUGAAAUGAAGAAAUGUGAAGAAAUGGAGAGAAUACUUGGAUAUCUUUUAAGGGAGAUCAAGAAAGCUGAUAUUCCAUUAUCAGACACAGAUGUCAACCCACUGGCUCCGUUGCCCAAGCAUGUCAUGACUAUUAUGGAGCAGCUGCAGAGGUUGGAAGUAGAAUUGGGGGAGGUCACGCGAAACAAGGAGAAGUUGCAGAAGAAUCUGUUGGAGCUGACAGAGUACACUCACAUGCUGCGUGUCACUCGCAACUUUGUGCAAAGAAAUCCGGAGAGAGAGCCGAUGCAAGCUCAAUAUGAGGAGUUCCCCUUUCUGGAUAAAGACCCCUUGAUGGACCACAGCAGCAUGCAGAGGCUUGGUGCUAAGUUGGGAUUUGUUUCCGGUCUUAUUCAGAGGGUGAAGAUUGAAGCCUUUGAACGGAUGCUUUGGAGGGUUUGUAAGGGAUACACCAUCCUCAGUUACGCUGAGGUCGAGGAAUAUUUAGAAGAUCCUGACACAGGUGAACCGACCAAGAGUGUGGUUUUCCUCAUCUCCUACUGGGGAGACCAAAUUGCUCAGAAAGUGAAAAAGAUUUGUGACUGUUACCACUGUCAUUUAUAUCCAUAUCCAAGUAGCAAUGAAGAAAGGAAUGAUGUUGUGGAAGGUCUCAGAACUCGCAUUCAAGACUUGCACACGGUGCUUCACAGGACUGAAGAAUAUCUGACACAAGUCCUGAUGAAGGCCUCAGAGUCUGUCUACUCCUGGGUCAUACAGGUCAAGAAGAUGAAGGCCAUCUAUUAUAUUCUAAACCUGUGCAGUUUUGAUGUUACCAACAAAUGUCUGAUUGCUGAGGUUUGGUGUCCUGUUUCUGACGUUCCAAACCUGAGGAGAGCUCUGGAAGAAGGAUCGAGGAAAAGUGGUUCAACGGUUCCUUCUUUUGUCAAUCGUAUUCCAACCAGUGACACCCCUCCGACGCUGAUAAGAACCAACAAGUUUACCUCUGGCUUCCAGAAUAUUGUGGAUGCUUAUGGAGUUGGCACUUACAGAGAGGUAAACCCAGCUCCAUUCACCAUCAUCACUUUCCCCUUCUUGUUUGCGGUGAUGUUUGGGGAUCUGGGGCAUGGCUUCAUCAUGGCCAUGUUUGCCUUCUGGAUGGUCCGCUGUGAGAAUGACCGCAAACUUAAGAACACCAGAAAUGAGAUUUGGAACACCUUCUUUGAGGGCCGCUACAUCAUUCUGAUGAUGGGUCUCUUCUCCAUCUACACUGGUCUGAUUUACAAUGACUGCUUCUCCAAAUCCAUGAACCUCUUUGGUUCAGGUUGGAAUGUGAGAGCCAUGUUUGCGGCUGCAGUGUGGAAAUCAGAAGACCUAGCUGGAAAUAAGUUUCUCACACUGGACCCUAAUGUAACGGGGGUCUUCACCGGUCCCUACCCUUUAGGAAUUGAUCCCAUUUGGAACAUGGCCAACAACCGUCUGACGUUUCUCAACUCCUACAAGAUGAAGAUGUCUGUGAUAUUGGGGAUCAUUCACAUGAGCUUUGGCGUCAUCCUGAGCACUUUUAAUCAUAUGCACUUCAGGAAGAAACACAACCUCUACUUGGUCUUUCUCCCUGAGCUACUGUUCCUGCUCUGUCUUUUCGGAUAUCUGGUGUUUAUGAUUAUGUACAAGUGGCUGGCAUUCUCAGCUGAAGACUCGAGUCACGCUCCCAGUAUCCUCAUCCAUUUCAUUAACAUGUUUCUGAUGCAAGGUGAUGGAACUCGUCCUCUCUACCCAGGGCAGAUGGGCCUGCAGGUGUUUCUGCUGGUAGUGGCUCUUCUCUCAGUGCCCGUCAUGCUGUUGGGGAAACCGGUCUACCUUUAUUGGCUUCAGAACGGAGGUCGUCGACUUGGGAUGUACAGGGGAUAUGAGCGGGUGCGGCGCAAUAGCGAAGAGGAGUUGUAUCUGCUGAGAAACCAUAACUUGGAGGAGGGGAACAGCCACAGCGACCUGUCCUCCAGUGGAGAGCAGAAAGAGGAGUUUGACAUUGGUGAAGAGUUCCUGCAUCAAGCCAUCCACACCAUAGAGUACUGCCUCGGGUGUGUUUCCAACACGGCGUCCUACCUCAGACUCUGGGCCUUGAGCCUCGCACAUGCACAAUUGUCAGAGGUGCUGUGGGAAAUGGUGAUGAGAGUGGGACUGCGGAUGGACACACAUAUGGGGGUGCUGUUCCUGGUGCCUGUCUUUAGCCUGUUUGCUGUUCUUACUGUGUCCAUCCUUCUCAUCAUGGAGGGCCUGUCUGCCUUCCUGCACGCCCUGCGGCUACACUGGGUGGAGUUUCAGAAUAAGUUCUACAAUGGAAACGGAAUCAAGUUUUGCCCCUUCUCCUUCUCUCUACUGCCCUCCAGCUUGGAUCGCGAUGGCUUACUGUGAAGGAGAGCCUCAAAGGUUUCCUAUGUUCUGUGAUGAUCUUGUGAGCCCAAAGACCUAACUCGGGCCAACCUCGGCAUGCUGCCCUUGUGGCGGUUGCACGGCCAUCAGGGCAGAUUCGACUCUCGAAUCUCUUUGCACCACAAAUCGCCUCAAAUGUGUGGCUCUCACGUUUUGAAUAAACCUACUUUAAAUACCCCCACCCUCUCAUUUGGAGAUGAUAAUGAAAAUUGAUUUUGUGUAAGAGGGUGUGAAACCCCACAGAGCUCAGACCAGCCAGUGAUUGUUAAUUGCAGCAACAUUUAAGCACUUUGUCGUCCAUUGCUCCUCAUCUCAAGCCUUGACCGUGGCCGAUCUGAUAUCAUCAACUGCUCAGCUCUGUGUUGCACUGACUGCCUUACAACAACACACAGUUCCGUUUCACUGGGAUUUUACCAUCAACACUGUGAAACAUUGUGAUUCGUUUUUUAGGACAAUUCAACAUGGACAGGCGUUCAGUGAACUGUAAAUACUUUUUAUCAAGGUAUUUUUUAAUUUAUUAUUUUUCUAAAAUGUUGCACCAAAUUGAAGAUGAAUGUAAAUGUACUGGUUUUUAGUUUUGUAAUGUGUUCACAGUGUUGCCUGUGCUGCCGCCAGAGAUGAUACAAUUUAAACAUUCCAAAAUGUAUUUUUCAGCCAUGAUGGGAGUGUAUACUGACCUCAAAGGUCUGGUGUUUUGUGCGUAUUGAGGUCUUUGACUAUCAUUUAAAUUGGGUAGCGUCAGUCAUUUGGGGAAUUUUUUUUUCUGUCGCACUCAUCUGCAGCAUAGCAACACUCAGAGAUUGAGAGAUUGCACAAACAAGAAUGUAUGUAACUUGGUAAACCACAAAUUGUCUUUGGUUAGAGGUUGUAACAUGUCGCACAGGCUGGAAUUGAAAACACACUUUUCCCUUUAAAUAUGAUUAUAUGUUAUGGCAGUUGUCUAUGGGACCAGUAGUUUCUUUGAAAUGCUCAAAGAUGUUUUGGAUUCGGCUGAAUUUAAAAGAUUCCAGUGAAAAAAGGCCAGACCACGGGAAAUGCUUUGGUACUGUGAAACUGCUCUUUUGGUCAAUAAAGCAGAUGUUUGUGUCGAACUAGGAGUCUGGCCUUUUUCA